AUGAACAGAAGCACGGGAACGUUCAUGUCUGACAUGUGCAAUGGUCCAGAUUUCCUGUGGAACGGAGGUGCUCUGGAAGAGAAGGAUGGCGUGCAAGCCAGCAGCGAGAGCGAACAUUCUGAAGAGGCGGCGGAGGAUCCAUCCUCCAGCUCCACUCAGCGCAUACUGGAACGGCCCAGCUAUUUAGUGGACAACGAGGUUGGCGUAGCACUUCUCCUGGAAGGUAGCGGGUCUCACACCAGAGUGAGGGCCUGGAAUCGUGGCGAGCUUGCCUGGGAGCACAAGAUCCGAGGCCGUGUAGAAGAGACCGCUCUGGCUGACGGCUUCGUGGCGUUGGUGCUUGACAGCCCAGUGAUGCAGCUCCACAUCAAGACAGGAGGAAUCCUGGUUGUAUUGGGCAACGACUCGGGCCUCAGAGUGGUCGACCUGCGCGGCCGUCUGGUCGUGCAAACGCAAAUUGGUCACCUCUGCGAGCCAAUGGACCUCGACAAGGAGUCGCUGCAGCUGAGCCCAGCUGGCGACCUGAGCAUUCGCCUGGCAGACGGGCGAAUCUUUCACUUCAACAGGCCACCAGCGGUGCAAAGCUUUCUUGAGUGGAGAGUCCAGAUCUGA